AUGCAGUUCAUGUACAGAAUGCUGAAUACUUAUAUUAUUUCCUGCUUUCUUUUGAAUUUUUCAGAAAAAUGUGACGAGCCUCUGGUAGCUGCACUUCAGCCUCAAUCCUUUAAAAGUUCAUCGAUAAUGUCUGGUAUUUAUGCUCCUGUAUAUGCAAAACUGAACAGAAGAGAAGGGGCUGGAGGUUGGUCACCUUUGGACAGUGACCAUUAUCAGUGGCUGCAGGUUGAUUUUGGAAGCCGGAAGCAGAUCCGUGCAAUUGCUACUCAAGGGAGAUACAGCAGUUCUGACUGGGUGUCUCAGUACCGCCUACUAUACAGUGACACUGCAAGAAACUGGAAACCGUAUCAUCAAGAUGGAAACAUAUGGGCAUUUCCCGGGAAUGGAAACUCAGACACUGUUGUCCGACAUGACCUGCAACACCCAGUGGUAGCUCGUUAUGUACGCAUUGUUCCCCUCGACUGGAAUGAAGAGGGACAGAUAGGAUUAAGAGCUGAACUCUAUGGCUGUCCAUACUGGGCGGAUGUAAUCAAUUUUGAUGGCAAUACCGUGUUAUCCUAUCAAUUCAAAGACAGAAAAAUGGCAACGGAAAAGGACGUCAUCUCCCUCAAAUUCAAAAGUACUUCAAGUGAAGGUGUUCUCUUUCAUGGGGAAGGACAGCAAGGAGACUAUAUCACUUUGGAACUGGUGAAAUCAAAGCUGGUGUUGAAAUUAAACUUAGGCAGUAACCAAUACGGAAAUAUUAAUGGCAACACCAUAGUAACCACAGGAAGCCUUCUAGAUGAUCAUCAUUGGCAUUCUGUUAUAAUUGAUCGCUAUAAAAAGCACAUUAACCUGACACUUGAUAAUCAUGUGCAACACUUUAAAACAAAUGGAGAAUUUGUUAAAUUAGAUCUGGAUUUUGAGUUAACCUUCGGAGGUAUGCCUUCAAGUGGAAAGCCAAGCUCCAACGGUGUCAAAAAUUUCAAGGGUUGUAUGGAAAGCAUUAAAUACAAUGCACUUAACAUCACUGACCUUGCCAGGAGAAGGAAGAUGAACUCAUACAAUGUGGAUAACUUAAGUUUUACCUGUGUCGAAUCACAUGCAGUCCCUGUCUUCUUUAAUGCAACUAGUUACCUGGAAGUGCUUGGACGGGCAGCUGAGGACGUUUUUUCAGUGAACUUUUACUUUCGCACCUGGAAUUUGAAUGGACUUCUUCUCUUCACCACAUUUGCCGAUGACAUUGGAAGUGUGGAAAUAGACUUAACAGAUGGAAAAGUCAGCGUCCAUAUCAAUAUGACAAAGUCCAAGAAAAACCGCAUUGAUAUUUCUUCAGGUUCUGGCCUUAAUGAUGGGCAAUGGCAUGAAGUAAGAUUCACAGCUGAGGAGAACUCUGCCAUGUUAACCAUUGAUGGGGAUGAAGCAUCCUCCGUAAGAACAAAUAGUCCUCUUCAAUUCCGCACUGGAAGUCGAUAUUUCUUUGGAGGCUUCUAUUCCAAGACGAACAAUACCGAUCGACCUUUUUUUGAAAACUCGUUUCAAGGGUGCAUGCAGCUCAUCCACGUGGAUAACCAGUUGGUUGACCUUCAUUCCAUAGAGCGGGGGAAGCAAGGGAGCUUUGAAAACAUCAGCAUUGACAUGUGUGCAAUCAUUGACAGAUGUGUCCCCAAUAAUUGUGAACAUGGUGGCAAAUGCACACAAACAUGGGAUACCAUUACAUGUAACUGUGAGGGAACUGGGUACACUGGAGCCACUUGCCAUAACUCACUAUAUGAGCUGUCCUGUGAAGUUUACAGACACUUGGGGAACAUAUCAGGCUGGUAUUGGAUUGAUCCAGAUGGAAGUGGGCCACAAGGGCCAAUGAAAGUUUACUGCAAUAUGACAGAGGAUAAAGUAUGGACUACCUUGUACCAUGAUCUUCUACCUCAAACAUCAGUUGUUGGUGCAAGCAGAGAGAAGCGAGUAGUACUCCAGUUGAAUUACAGCACAAGCAUGGAUCAAAUCUCAACAAUCACAAACAGUGCUGAGAAAUGUCAACAAUAUAUUUCAUAUUCCUGUAAGAUGUCAAGGCUGCUGAAUACUCCAGUACUAGUUUUUGAGGAUUGGCUUUUAAGGAAAUCAGUGCUUCUAGUGACUGAACUUGAUCAGAGUGGUGGUGGUGAUGGUGGGGGCGGCUGGCUAAAGGAAGAUGAAUAUUUGCAGUUGAGGAGGGUGGUAGUUAAGUAA